UUCCCAGCCCGCGCAGUCCCCCUCGGAGCCAGCGCCGCCGCCAUGUCUGCCGGGGCCAGCCUGAACGCCCUGCAGCGCCUGGUGGAGCAGCUCAAGCUGGAGGCCGGCGUGGAGCGGAUCAAGGUCUCCCAGGCAGCAGCAGAGCUUCAGCAGUACUGCAUGCAGAACGCCUGCAAGGAUGCCCUGCUGGUGGGUGUCCCAGCCGGAAGCAACCCCUUCCGGGAGCCCAGAUCCUGUGCUUUACUCUGAAGUCAGUAUGAAAGAUGUUCCCUGAGGAAUACUUUCAACUGCAAAGUGACUGCCUCCAAGUCUCAAGAAAACAUGUUUCUCCAGCCAAAUGACUCUGAUGUUUCAGACCUGUUCUGCAAGCUGGCCCUCUAGCAAAAUUCUACAGAAAUUGAUGAGUUUCUAUUCAAAUAAGGAAAUUGGGUGAAACUAUAGAUUUUUAAAAUAAUAAUGGCCUGAUUUGUUGGUAAAGUGCUUUAUACUUAAAUAUCAUCAAAUAUACCAAAAUGCACCUCUUUCAUAAGCAAAUUACUGGUGUUUCUAUACCUGGAAUAUUACAUGUUUUAUUUACUGGUUGUUUACAUUUUGGGAAGGAAACAUUUUUGUUUACUUAAAAAAAACCCUGCAUAUUUGUAACUUGUUCUAGGAUUUUUAUAUUAUAACAGAAUUUGUUCUUUCCUCACGAACUUACAAUUUCUAAGUGAAGGAAAUGAAGUAAAAUUGGGGGAAGAAUAAAUGUUAUUAAUGAAAUGAUGGGUUGACUUUUCUAAAUGAGGAGAAUUCUCUUAUUUUUAAACACUAAAUAUGGGAGCUAUUUCUUAGCAAAUUUGUUUGAAAAGAUUAACGUUUAUAUACGAUUGCCCCCUGUUUGAAACAGACUUGAUAUUUGUUUUUUUUUUUUUUUUAAAGAUUUAUUUAUUUAUUUGUGCAUACAGAACUGGGGUACAGGCCAGAG